UGAAAUUUGAAUAAAUAAACUUUUUCAAAUUGGAUAAAAUCAAGCAUGACAGAUGUGGUAUGUAAUGUCGACUGGUGGGGAGAGAAAUGUGUGAAGAGAAUCAGUGAUAUGAACGAAUCUGAAAUAUUGCAAACCGUCAAACAUUCGUUUUGCGGCCAAGUAGGGCUCACGGUGAAUAUAUAAUACGCGGCAGGUGUAGUGCAAGUUAUGCGGUGGCCCCCGGUAUCUUCCUAACGGGUUCGUUAGGUGACCCGAGCUUUUAAAAAAUGAGUCACACCAGCGACAAAUCGCUCUCUCAACCCCUUAGGGUCGACACCGAAGACAAUAACACCACCAGUAACGAAAAUGGUACAUAUUUCGAGGAGGUUAAAGAAAAUUACAAUCAAAGUAACCCAGCCAUUGAUGAUUCAUUGGGACCUUUACCACCCAAAUGGGAAAAGGCUUACACUGAAAGCGGAGAAGUUUAUUUUAUAGACCAUUCAACUGGUACUUCUCAUUGGUUAGAUCCGCGUUUAUCAAAGUUUCAAAAGAAAUGUUUAGAAGAUUGUUUGGACGAUGAGCUUCCAUACGGUUGGGAAAAAAUUAGCGAUCCUCAUUACGGUACUUAUUUCAUUGAUCACGUCAACCGAAAAACUCAAUACGAAAAUCCCGUAAUUCAAGCGAAAAGAGCUGCUUCUCGAGCAUCCGCUAGAGUAAGCACGGCGUCGUUUACGAAAGAUCCAUCGGAAUUAUGCGGUCAAAGAUUUAGAACGUCGUUGGUAAAAUCAUCGCGAGGACUUGGGUUUACUAUCGUUGGUGGUGAUGAUGCAAUCGAUGAGUUUCUACAAAUAAAAUCUGUUGUUCCGAAAGGACCGGCUUGGUUGGAUGGUAAACUUCAAAUGGGUGAUAUAAUAGUUUAUGUGAAUGAUACGUGUGUAUUGGGAUACACCCACAAUCAAAUUGUGAGGUUAUUUCAAUCAAUUUCGGUUGGAUCAACGGUUGCUAUUGAAGUAUGUAGAGGUUAUCAGUUACCGUUUGAUCCAAACGAUCCUAAUACAGAAGUUGUAACAACGAUAGCUGUUGACUCAAAUUUGCAAACGUUGCCGAACGAAAAAUGCUUAGGUACUUUAGAUACAAAUUAUAAUUUUUUGGACGCCGAUAAUAUAAAUGACGAUCUUGAUGGCACCAACGAAAUAGAUGACUUAUUGAAAGGUAUAAGCGUUGGUAAAGUUGAAGUACGUGUUAGAAUUGUAAAAGGUACAUUAGGUUUUGGAUUUACAAUCGCAGAUAGCGCUUGUGGUCAACGAGUUAAAAAAAUAUUAGAUCGGCAAAGAUGUAAAAAUUUAAUGGAAGGCGACAUUUUAUUAGAAAUUAACGACGUUUCUUUACAAAAUAUGACCCAUGACGAAGUAGUUUUGGUUUUAAAAAAUUGCCCGUUUAACAACGAGGCCACAAUUUGCGUACAAAGGGGCGCGGCAACAACAGCAAAAUCGCCACCAAAUCGAAAUCGACCCCGGAAACUCGAUAACCGUUUCGGCAAUAAAGAUGGAACUGCAACAUUUAGAAGUAAAACACCAACAGCUGAUAUUUAUAGUACACAACCCCGCGAAAUCUUACCUAGCAGACCUAAAACACCAAUCGUUGAUACCAGAAAUAUCUCAAAAACAUCACCCAAAGAUGUCAACUCGAAUUCAGAAUUGUACAAACGCGAUUACGUUAACGAAAACUUCCAAGAGAAAUCUCAUAUGUGUUUAUCUUUGGCUGAUAACCAUGGUGGCGACGAAGAAGAACUCGAAAUUAAUAAUAUUAUUCAAAAUAAUCAUACUCAAGAGUAUCACACAUCAUCUUCAGGAAUGUACAUGGCUUUACCCCAUCGAUUUGAUUGUUUGUGCUAUAACUGUCAAAAUCAUCGCGGGAUGAUUGAAAAUAAUACUUGGAGAGUUCAACCUCCUUGCGAUUAUAUGGAGUAUACAGUUACUUUACAUCGACAAGAAACCGGGUUUGGGUUUCGAAUUGUUGGUGGAAUUGAAGAUCAAUCACAAGUUGCUGUUGGUCAUAUUGUACAAGAUGGAGCAGCCGAUUUAGAUGGAAGAAUACGUUCAGGUGACGAAAUAAUCUGCGUGGAUAAUCUCUCGGUUGUUCAAGCUUCUCAUAGAUUGGCGGUUAAGUUGGUGAAUGUUGCAGCGACUAGGGGACAAGUUGUUUUAGUAUUACGUAGGCGAUUAUGCCCGCCGAUUGGAGGGGGGCCCGUUUCUCCAACUCAACCCGCCGUAACUGAUUAUCAUCCACAAACAUAUGAUGUGGUGGUAAAUCGUAACGAAAACGAAGGAUUUGGGUUUGUCAUUAUCUCGUCUGUUAAUAAAGCUGGUUCAACAAUAGGUCGUUUGAUAGAAGAUAGUCCCGCCGAAAGAUGUGGAAGAUUAAGGGUUGGAGAUUAUAUUCUUGCGGUAAAUCACAUAGAUAUAAUGCACUUAAGUCACGGCGAUAUCGUGAAUUUAAUCAAAGAUUCCGGUUUGUCGGUUACAUUAACAAUAACUCCAAAUACUGAACAAUGAUAAUAAUCAGUAUGCCAUUAUUAAUAAAUUAAAAGAGUAGCUAUUAAUAUUAUUACAAAAAAAAACAAAUAUGAAAUGUUUUCUGUUAUAACAUAUCAAAUUUCGUUGAUUCUAUAUUAAAUAUAUAUAAAUAUAAAUAGUAUGUAUACAUUUCCAUAAAUAAAUAGGUGAAUCCGCGAGAG